UUGAGAUUUGAGGAGUUGGAGACGAAUGAUUUCAGCAGAAUUAGGGUGAAGCAUGGAGUCCAACGGGCUGGAAGACAAGGAUGUGGGGCCGGAGGUGCAGAUCAGCUUCCCCGAGUCCGUGACGAGCCGCAUCGAGGAGUUCAUGGGCGGCUCGGAGCAGUUCGAUAGCGAAGAGUUUGACGCAGUAUCCUACAUCAACCGAGUGUUUCCAACAGAGCAGUCUCUAGCAGGAGUAGAUAGUGCAGCAGCUCGCUGUGAGAUGCGACUGGCGGGUGUGGAGGCAGACAUCAGGCGUCUUGUGAGAGACCAGGCGCAGCAGCGGCAGGAUGGACAUGAGGGACUGUUGCAGGCUCAGCAAUGUAUCUCUGACUUAGCUUUACAGGUGACGGACAUAAACAAGAAAGCGGGGCGCAGCGAGAGCAUGGUGCGGGAGAUCACCGCAGAGAUCAAACAAUUAGACCGAGCGAAGAGCAACCUCACCGCCGCCAUCACUGCCCUGAAUCAUUAUCAUAUGUUAUGUGGGGCUGCAACCUCGUUACGAGCUAUGGCGUCGCAAAGGCAAUAUAGUGCCUUGUUGCCACCUUUACAAGCUGUCAUGCAGGUGCUGGAACACUUCGAGCGCUACCGCGACAUCCGCUCGCUGAGCGCGCUCCGCGAUGACGUCACCGCGCUGCGGCGCGCGCUCGCCGCGCAGAUCCUAGCCGACUUCAAGGAGGCCUUCACAGCUGGUAAAGCCAGCACGGUCUCGGCGAAGACGUUAAGCGAAGCGUGCGGCGUGGUGGACGCACUAGAGCCUAAAGUAAAGCGCGAGCUGCUGACGUGGUUCACCACCAUGCAACUGCAGGAAUACGAGCACCUGUUCUCCGCGGAACAAGAAUGCGCGUGGCUCACGCACGUGGAGCGCCGCUACGCGUGGCUGAAGAGGCAUUUACUAGCCUUUGAAGAUGGCGCUGGUAACGUGUUUCCGAGGUCAUGGAAGCUUAGUGAGCGAAUUACUACGCACUUUUGUGAGGUGACGAAAACUCAACUAACGGCGUUGUUAGCGGCGCGGAGAAGCGAACUCGAUGUGAAGUUACUUCUCUACGCCAUACAGAAGACAUAUGCCUUCGAGUUAUUGCUGCACAAACGAUUCCAAGAUGACGGCGCGGCGCUGCCCGCCGGCGCCGGCGCGGAGCUCGACGUGGUCGUGGACCCGCACGCCGUGUUCGACGCAGACGCCAAAGACCCCGGGAGCCUGGGCGGCGCCGCGCGGCCGGGCGGGCCGUGGGUCGGCAUCAUCGGCUCCUGCUUCGAGCCCUACCUGUCCAUCUACAUCAGCAGCCUCGACUCCAACCUGGCCUCGCUCAUGGACAGGUUCAUACAGGACGCGAAGACCCCCCUGGCGCCGACAGCGCCGGCGGCGGAGGCCGGCGCCGUGCUCUCCUCGUGCGCCGACCUGUUCCUGUUCUACAAGAAGUGUCUAGUGCAGUGCGCGCACCUCACUACCGGGGAGCCCAUGCUAGAGUUGGCGGGCGUGUUCCAAAAGUAUCUCCGCUCGUACGCCGGCUCCGUGCUGCGCGCUGCGCUCCCGCGCGCCGCCGCCGCCACCACCACGCUCGCGCUGGUCGCCAACUUGCAAACGUUGGCUACCAACCAACCGGCCCACACGCAGCGGUACAGUGCGGCGGAGAUAUCUCGAGUGACAUCCGUCAUCACUACGGCGGAGUACUGCUUAGAAACAACUGUACAUUUGCAACAGAAGUUGAAGGAGAAGGUGGUCCCCCGCCUCGCCGAGCGCAUCGACUUGUCCCCGGAGCAGGAGCUCUUCCACGCUCUCAUCGGGGACUGCAUCGCCGCGCUCGUGGGCGAGCUGGAAGCCGCCUGCGAACCCGCUCUGCAGGCCAUGGCGCGUGCUCCGUGGCUGCACGUGCAGACGGUCGGCGACCAGAGCACGUACGUGACGCAGAUCAUUAUGCACUUCAAGAACACCGUGCCCAACCUCAGAGACAACCUGGCGAGCUCGAGGAAGUACUUCACGCAGUUCUGUAUAAGAUUCGCGAACUCGUUCAUCCCGAAGUUCAUACAGAACAUAUACAAGUGCAAGCCGAUCUCGACGGCGGGUGCUGAGCAGCUGCUCCUCGACACGCACAUGCUGAAGACGGCCUUGCUGGACCUGCCUUCAAUAGGGUCUGAAGUAAAGCGCCCCGCGCCCGCCACCUACACCAAAGUGGUCAUCAAACUGAUGACGAAGGCGGAGAUGAUCCUCAAACUCGUGAUGGCGCCGCUAGAGGGGGUGGGCGGCGCCGCGGGAGGGGGGGAGGCCUUCGUGGCGCAGUUCGUGCAGUUACUGCAGGACGCGACUUUGCAGGACUUCCAUAAGGUCCUGGACAUGAAGGGCGCGCGGUUGGGCAAGGCGCAGCUCGCCGCGCUGGACGCGCUGUUCAAGCGCGCGGGGGCCAAGAGGAGCGACGACAGUUAGAUGCACUAUUCUAAACCUUAUUGUUAAACUAUUAAGGUCCACUGAUACUCGUUUUACGCUGUUAGCUCCAUUAAAACACUAAAAUCUUCUAUAUACUGAACGGUGUCUAGUUAUAGAAAUUAUAUCAGUUAAGUUAAUGAAAAAUGAAAAUUCUCUUCAGCAAAUAAUUGAGUGAACUGGACUGGCAGGGUGUCUGCUAUGUCUGCUAUACACAGUGUUUUUUUUUUAAUCCCGUUAAUUUCGAGGCUGUACUCCCUUUUUCGCGAAAAUUGUAUUGCCGAAUUUCACUUGGCAACCAACUUUUCGCCAAAGUUUCAUUUGACAAACCAAUCGUUACCAAAUAAUUAUUUCGCAACCAUUUCAUUUCCCAACCCCAUAGUUGGGAAAUGAAAAUGACGUACUAGGUUGCAGGAGUCGGAAACCGGUAUUUGCUCCGUACAAAAAUACCGGUAUUAUUACGUUCUUUUUCGUUCUUUUGUUUAUAAUUUCAUUUUUAAUGGGACGUUUUAAUAAUGCAAAAUUGUUUCCUAAAUACAUGAUUCAGUCCUACGUAAUGAGCAUAAAAAAAUUCAAAAUAUUGGGCUAUUUCGGGGUUUUUAAAAAAUAUCGGUUCCGAGCCCUGCUAGGUUGGGUUAGGUUAGGUUGGAUUAUGUAAAGUUGCGAAAUGAAAUUCGGUCAAAUGAAACUUUGGCGAAAAGUUGGUUGUCAAGUGAAAUUCUGCAAUACAAUUUUCGGCGAAAAGGCAGAGAACCAAUUUCGAGGGUGCAUUCCCUGAGCUUAAACUAAGCAACUUUCUCAAAGCCACCACCAGUAUUCUAAUUAACUCCAUUUUGGAGAUAAUCAAUAAUUUAUUUUUAUCUGAUAAGGCCCCUACGAGCAUGUACACUUGUCUUAGAACCUGUUUACAUAUUGAUUUUAGUGUUUAGUAAAAGUUUAUACUAAACGCAAGUACUAUCUUGAACGAUCGAUAUUCGAAAUGUCAUUGAUAUGUCAUAGUUUUCAAUUAUUUGUUUGAAUUUAUUAUAAAUUAUAAUUUAUAAUAUAAUGCCCGCGUUAUAACAACAAUUUAAAUGCAGCAUUGAAGUACUUUUUAGAAAAAAAAAAAUUUUUUUUUCGGAAAUUUACUAUGCCGUUUGGUUUCUUUAAAUGCACUUAAGCAUAUCCCGAAGUUAACGGAAUUAAAAAAAAACAGGAUGUAGUUAUUGGUCACUACAUAGUAAUUGGCCACUCUCACUCAAGUCAAUUGAAGCCUCAUUGUUAAGAGUGGCCAAUACCUAUAGCAGGUACCCUAUGUAAGAAUUAUUCCUCGGCUUUAGUUCCUAAACUUCCUCUUUUUAAGCUUGAGAUAGAAUGAACUCUACAGAAGUAGGUAAGCGUGCAGUGUUUAUCAGGCUCUUUAAUUGUUAAUAAUAAUAAAAACUUCUAAUGUAGCAUGGUCAAUAGGGACCGUGCGCGUUCGAGGGUCUGCCAUCUCGUGGCCUGAAUCAGAACCAUAAACAUGUACAUCAUAUGUACAUUGACAUUUCACGCCAAAACAAGUGCUGCCAUCUUGUGGGCUACUUUGGAAGCAUAAACUACACAUUUAUGCCUCGCGCCAAAAAAUCUGACGUCUCCUGUGCUGCCCCCUACAGUUUAUGCACGCUCCAUACUUAUAAUUUACUUCAAAAAUAUUACCGCAAAAAGUGCCCGAUUUGAAACCACAAGCUUACUUUUGCGAAGUUCAUUCUAAUGCUAAAAACGAAGUAUAGGUUAUGUUAUGGGUAGUUUGGGAUCUGGGAGUCCUUUUAAUGAUUCCUACAGUCGAGUUCAUAAAUAUGUAUACAUUUCUUCACCUUACUCUAUUGCAAAAAUGUAUACAUAGUUGUCGGUUGCGACUGUUGUUUAAUAGCGUCAACUAGUUGUUGAUGUUAUCAUUAUUAUUAUUGAAUUUGAAAUUAAGUACAGUAUUUAAAUUAUUUAUUUGGGGAAGUUUAUCACUCUUUAAGUGAUUGUAUUAUAUAAAAUGAACUGAGUGACUAUUAUGCUGAAUUGUAUUGUAUCAGAAAAGAGACGGUCUGUGAACUAGCGUUUCGCACUGUGGGUAAAGAAGCCAUUAGUCAGAUUUUUGUGUCUGUUUUAGGCUGACCUACUGAUGCCUUUACCCUAUGUUUCAAUAAAAAAAACAUUGGUGCUUGAAUACAAAGUUUAACAUUCCCUGUGUACGAUGUGUUUUGUACUUACUUACAAUACAUGAUUUAUUUGCUA